AUGGGAGAUAGCGGCAUGAGCCUGGUACCUGCGAAGCUCGCAUAUGAUUGUCUGAACUCUAUACCCUUCAAUCAGAGUGCUGCUGCUGCUUUGAUGGAGUCCAUGAGACCGUAUCUGGAGUGGCAGACGACUACUGCUUAUCUCAAAGACCCACCAAAAGAGGUACGUACAUCUCAUCAUACCUGUCCAACAAGUCCGGGUGCUAAGAUUUCACCACAGUAUGCAGAACACGUUCAGCCAUCACACGACUUCUGGACCGUCUUCAAUAUAAUCGAAUCAAACGUUGCCGGUGAUGCUUAUGAAAGCGAGUAUGAUUUCGGAUGGGAACUCUACCUGGCCACACAACAAGCACACGACGGUCAUUUUACAUACACGUUAGAUGUCAUUGGCAAAAUCUUCUCUUUCGAACGCGCGAUACCACUUGUCUCUGUUUCAGAGAAUGGUAAAGACUUGCCAGUCAUCUAUGCGUAUGCCGACAUUCUGGCUGCUCAGGCUGGCAAUUCGUCUUUCCAGCCUUCUCACAUCAUUCAGAUCGAUGGAGUCGACGUCGUUGAGUUCUUGCUUGACUGGGCACAGUAUGGCACUCUACAAGACAAUGAUGCCCUAUGGAACAACCUUUUCUACUCGCCUGCACAAGCUUCGCUGGGUGGUGGUGGUUCAGCAGUUGGGACCUUUGCUGGAGGUGGCCGUGGUCGCUUUGUGUAUCCGGGACCGACGACUACGCUGACCUUCGCCAACGGAACAAACGUUACCAACCAGAAUUAUGCCAGACCGUUUGUCAGUUUCAAAAAUGUCGAGUCUGGAGCAGAUCUGUACAGACGGUAUCUCACACCCAAACCUGGGAGGCCUGUCGAUACUUUGGAGAUGUUGGAACACCAUAAGGAGAAGCGCAGUGCAACCGAGAACGACAAUUCGAAUAUUCAAUACCUCCACCAAGAUGAACCCUUGCUUCACCAUCAAAAAACCGGCAGCAUAGAUGCCCCUGGAUAUCCACCUCCAAUCAUCAGACAAAGGCGCAAUAUGAAUGGGGGCUACUUCCUUAAUGGAUCGGAUUUCGAAGACGUGGCAGUCUUGACACUGGCAUCCUUUGUAGACGAAGGAUCCGCCUCAGUCGAAUUCAAGAAGGUGAACUCAGACUUCAUCGCCGCCGCGUUGGCUGCAAACAAGACCAAACUGAUCAUCGACGUGAGCGCGAAUGGAGGUGGUCUACUCCUCCAAGGCUACGACCUUUUCAAGCAGCUCUUCCCAUCUAUACAUCCGUACGGUGCAUCUCGCUUCCGUGCUCACGAAACUGUCGAUUGGCUGGGAGAGAUAUACUCGAAGUUCGCUCAACUCAACAGCACUCGAGCCCGCCGGUUUCCCAUGGCACCUUGGGACUACUACACCGAUCUCGACUCAGACGACAAACACUUUACCUCUUGGAAAGGAGAAAACGGCAAAUACGGCCCUCACAAGCACGGAAACGACACUUUUACUUCGCUGCUGCGUUGGGACCUCCAAGACCCACAGAUCAUUAACUAUGCCGGGGGCAUCUACGUAACAGGCUACGGCGAAGCUGCCAACAAAUCCUACACCCAGCCUUUUGAAACGCAUAAUGUCAUUCUGGUGUAUGAUGGCUACUGCGCCUCCACCUGCGCUAUCUUUUCAGAGUUUCUGCGGCAGGAAGCGGGGGUCAAGACCAUUUCCUUGGGUGGUCGACCCUCUUUUCAUUCCAUGCAAGGUGUCGGCGGCGUCAAAGGCGCAAACAUGUUUCCUUUCUCCACCAUCUACUCUACCGUCCAAACAGCAAAAUCCUUGGCUGAAGAUAUGCCCAAGCAAAACCUCAGCACCACUGAAUUGGAGAAAUACACACCCCUCGCACUAAAGAGAUCCAUACAAGCCGGCGUCAACUCCCGUGACGGCAUCCGCAGAAACGACUCCUCCCAAACUCCGUGGCAGUUCAUCUACGAACCCACCGAGUGUAGAAUUUUCUACACCAAGCAGAUGGUGCUUGAUCAAAGUGCUGUGUGGAAAACUGUAGCUGAUACAGUUUGGGGCAGGNNGGGAAAUGCGUGUGUUGUUGGAAACAAUAGCUUUUAUGGUGGUAAGGAUGGGCAGGGGGCUGGUGUUGGGGGUAAAGAGGAAGAAAACAGGGUCUGGGAUGUCAGCGAGGGCUUUGAUCUUGAGGGCGCGUGGAGAGGACUGGAUGUCAGGACUGAGGAAAGGGGUAACCCUGAGGGGGAUUGUAUUAUGUUUCCUUGA